AUGCCGACUCGCGUACACCUUCCUCAGACCGCCCACCUCCCGCCUCAAGCGACCCAGCCUGGCGUUCCCCCACAAGCGGCGCAACAGCAGCAGGUCCAGCAGAGCGCGGCUGCGGAUGCACUGAGCGUAAUCUUGGUGACUGGGAGCUACGAUGGGACUAUACGAUACUGGGAGGCAUGGUCGGGAAUCUGCAGCCGAACAAUCCAGACGCAAGACCAUCAACCAAACCGCCUCGCCAUCUCUCCGAACAAGCGCUUCCUCGCGGCAGCAGGCGUCGGUACAGUCAAGCUAUACGACAUCGCGCAGAGUGCGGCGGCGAGCAGUACGAAUGUAGCGCCGCUCGUGACACUGCAAGGUCACACGGCGAACGUGACGAGUUUGGCGUGGCAGAACGAGGCGAAGUGGCUGGUGAGCGGGAGCGAAGACGGGACGGUCAAGAUCUGGGAUGUUCGAACGUCCUCGCCGCAGCGAAAUUACGCUCACUUCGCGCCCGUCAACGACCUCGCGCUGCACUCGAACCAGGGCGAGCUCGUCUCGUGCGACCAGAACGGCGCGAUCAAGGUGUGGGACUUGGGAGGUGACCGGUGUAGUCACGAGCUGCUUCCAGAAGAGGACGUACCGAUGCGAUCCGUCUCCAUCGCCUCAGAUGGUUCCGCGCUCGUCGGCGGGAACCACAAGGGUGUCGUCUACGUCUGGACCAUCCAACCUGGCCUCGCAUUCACCGAUCUGCAGCCGAAGACGCGCUUCCAAGCGCAUUCGCGGUACCUCAUCCGGGUGCUCGUCUCGCCUGAUACCAAACAACUCGCCACCUGCUCCGCCGACACGACCAUCAAGAUAUGGACGCCCAUCCUCUCGCCUCAAGCCGCCGCCCUCGCCGCUCAAGCAGAUCCGAACAACCUGUAUGCGCGAGGCGGGAUUGCGGACGGGACAGGGUACCAGCUCGAGAAGGUGCUGCAGGGGCAUCAGCGGUGGGUAUGGGACAUGGCGUACUCGGCGGACUCGGCUUAUCUCGUUUCGGCGAGUUCCGACCACACGGCGCGAUUAUGGGAGCUCUCGAGCGGGACGACCGUUCGACAGUACUCGGCGCAUCACAAAGCCUGCAUCUGCGUCGCUCUCAACGACAGCUCUUCGUAG